CUCUCCGUGCUUCGCCGCACCACACAGACCCAACCACCGCACUCCAGUUAUCCAUCACUAAGCUUGGUUCCAAGAAGCUCUAGAUCGAGCGGCGGCAGCUAGUAGCCACCAUGGCGCGGCGGUCUCUUCUCCUGCCUCUGCUCGCGUCCCUCGCCCUGAUGGCGGCAGCUGUCGCGUCGGCCGACUCGUGGCUCUACGAGAAGUUCAACACGGACGGCACCGUCCGCACCGACUACGACGCGUCGGGGCAGCAGGUGGCGAUGCUCAACCUCGACCGGAGCUCCGGCGCCGGCUUCAACUCCAAGGAGAAGUACCUCUACGGCGAGUUCAGCAUCCAGAUGAAGCUCAUCGCCGGCGACUCCGCCGGCACCGUCUCAUGCUUCUACCUAUCUUCCGGCGACGGCGACGACCACGACGAGAUCGACAUGGAGUUCAUGGGCAACUCCAGCGGCCAGCCCGUGGUGCUCAACACCAACGUGUGGGCCAGCGGCGACGGCAAGAAGGAGCACCAGUUCGACCUGUGGUUCGACCCGGCCGCCGACUACCACACCUACACCAUCAUCUGGAACCCGACCAACAUCAUCUUCAAGGUCGACGGCAACGUGAUCCGCUGCUUCAAGCGCUACGACGGUCUCGCCUACCCGAGCUCCAGGCCCAUGGCGCUGCACGCCACGCUGUGGGACGGCAGCUACUGGGCCACCCAGAAGGGCAAGGUCCCCAUCGACUGGUCCGGCGCGCCCUUCGUCGUCUCCUACCGGGGCUACUCCGCCGACGCCUGCGUCAGCGGCGGCGCCUGCCCCGCCGGCAGCGACCGGUGGAUGAACAAGCAGCCCGACAGCGCCGAGUGGGGCACCAUCAAGUGGGCGGAGAGCAACUACAUGCGCUACGACUACUGCCAGGACGGGUGGAGGUUCCCGCAGGGGCUGCCCGCCGAGUGCAGCCGCAGCUGAGUGCUGAGCUGAUUCGACCGCCGGCGAGGAGACCAGUGUUAAGUUCUUGAUUUCUCUUUUUCCUGGGUAUAUAUACGUAAUUAUAUAUGAUUCUUGUUAUGUGAUUGUGAAUUUGUGAUUAAGAAGCAGCCCCGCAUGGAGGCAUGCAGGGGCGAGAGUAUACCAGUUUUCUUGUAAAGGAAAAGUCGUUUUCCUACUUUGGAUAAAGUGAUUAUUCUUUUGUCA